GUCAUGUAAACUAUUCCUAAAACUCCCCUAUGCGAAACUAGACCGUUGCUACUAUCUAAAACCGUUCUCUCAACUCUACUUCUUCAUCAUCAGUUGCUAGCAGUCCUUUCCAGUUAUUGUCUCUUCUCCUUCUUCUUAUCAGCGAUACCCCUGCCAAGACCAAAGCCUCAAAUCUCUCUCACUAAACUUAACCAACCAUGACACUCACACUCCAAACAGCCAUUGACAAGAGCAAUCCGCUCGCAGAGGCCAUUAUCGUGCCAUCCAAGCCCAAGGCCCUCACCAUCAGCUACUCCAACCUCGAGGCCGACGUGUCCGCCUUCCAGCGCAAGCUCGCCGAUCUCGGCAUCACAAAAGCCGCGCCUGUUUCUAUCGCGCUCGUCAACUCGUACGAGUUCAUCGUCUCGUUCCUCGCUGCUUCGUGGCAGCGCGGUAUCGCGGCCCCUCUCAACCCGGCUUAUAAGCAGGAUGAGUUUGAGUUCUACAUCGAAGAUGUCAAGAGCGCCAUCGUGCUUGUUCCCAAGGGAGCUUGGGCUGCUGGUGCGGCCAGUGUGAAGGCUGCUAAGAAGUUUAACGCUGCUGUUGCCGAGUGUUAUUGGGAUGCUGCCAAGGGCGAAGUUGCGCUCGAUGUCAAGGACUAUGGCCUUCUCGAGGGCAAGAAGGAGAAGGUUCUCACAGCUGAGCCUGAUGAUGUUGCUCUCAUCCUUCACACCAGCGGCACUACUUCGCGGCCCAAGGUGGUCCCUCUCACUCACCGCAACCUGACCCGAACCAUGAACAACAUCAAGAACACAUACCAACUCACAUCCAAGGACCGAACCAUGCUGGUCAUGCCUCUGUUCCACGUCCACGGCCUUCUCUGCGGUCUCCUUGCUCCUCUCUUCACCGGUGGUUCUAUGGUCGUUCCCACCAAGUUCUCCGCCUCUGAGUUCUGGGUCGAUUUCAAUACCCACAAGGCCAACUGGUACACUGCCGUGCCUACGAUCCACCAGAUUCUUCUCAAGAACCCUCCUCCUAGCCCCAAGCCCGAGAUUCGCUUCAUCCGAUCAUGCUCCAGCCCUCUGUCACCCACCGUCUUCCAGCAACUUGAGGAGACUUACAACGCCCCCGUUCUCGAGGCUUAUGCCAUGACCGAGGCUGCUCAUCAGAUGACAUCCAACCCUCUCCCUCCUGCCAAGAGAAAGGCUGGAACUGUUGGUGUUGGUCAGGGCGUUGAGGUGAGGAUUCUCAAUGAGCAGGGCGAGGAGGUUCCUCAGGGCUUUGAGGGUGAGAUCUGCAUCAUUGGCGAGAAUGUCACCAAGGGAUAUCUCAACAACCCUUCCGCCAAUGCUUCUUCCUACCACAAGAACGGCUUCUUCCGAACAGGCGAUCAGGGCAAGAAGGAUGAGGACGGAUACAUCAUCAUCACCGGCCGUAUCAAGGAGCUUAUCAACAAGGGAGGUGAGAAGAUCAGCCCUAUUGAGCUGGACAAUGUCUUGACCCGUCACCCUAAGAUUGGUGAGGCUGUCAGCUUUGCUAUCCCUGACGAGGUGUACGGUCAGGAUAUUGGUGUUGCUGUUGUCCUCAAGAACGGCGAGAAGUUGACUACCGAGGAGCUCAAGGCUUGGGUCGCUGAGCGAUCUGCCAAGUUCAAGGUGCCCAAGAAGAUCUACUUCACCGAGAUCAUGCCCAAGACCGCAACUGGCAAGAUCCAGCGAAGAAUUGUUGCCGAGACCAUGAUGAGCGCGCCCAAGGCGAAGCUGUAGAUGUUGUGUUUGUUUCACAAUCGCGUUAGAUUCACAUUUAGAAGAUUACAGGAAGAGGGUUCUAGAAGAAGAAGUUGGAUAGAAAUUAUUUCCAAAACUGAGGAAGCAUCGCUAUUUAAAUGCGGCUAAAAUCGAUUUAUCCCACGGUGCCUAGCAUGUUUAUUCCCUGGCCAUGAUCGUGACCAAUGACCUCCGCCGUAUCCCCCUCGUUUAUAUGCCGUCCCGUAAGAUACCGACCAACUCCUCCAAAUUAAUCGCAUAAUAUCCGGUAUCUUUUUCCCUUAAUCGUAGUGUCCAUCAUGGUCUGCAACCUCGAUGAUAUCAUCGUCGUCGUUGAUGUACAACCGACUAUCGUUCCUCUUCAGCCCGGGCUUCUCAGCACCCGGCGCCUGGACCUUUCUGUUGGUCACGGUGUGUCGCUCAACCCAAGCUGCUGUGCCAUCGGCUGCCUCCCAUCGCAGUGGUGACUUGGUGAGUGAGUCCUUGACGUCUCCGUCUGCGGGCUUGGCGCUCGCAGGGUCAACGCCAGCUUCUUGUGCUGUGUGGAGUAGAGCAGCGUUGGCGUCUUGAAGAUCGAGGAAUACAGAGGUGACUGUGGUGUUGGACUCUGUGUCGCGCUGGAGCAGGAUGUAGACUGAGGGAGCCAUGAUGGGUUGGUUCCGCAGUUUGUAUGGGGAUGUGAGGUAGGUGUGGUUUUCAGGUAGAAUGUAUGGCAUAGGUAGGUUGUUGUGUGAUUUUGUGUGUAAUAGUUUA